AUGGGGCAGCUAGCAAAGCAUGUUUUUGGUGCUUCCAGAGUGGCAGCUACCGCAAGCACUAAAAAACUGCAUUGGUUGAGGAGCUUGGGUGCUGAUCUUGCUAUUGAUUAUACCAAGGACAAGUUCGAAGACCUGCCUGAGAAAUUUGAUGUAGUCUAUGAUGCAGUUGGAGAGUCAGAUAGGGCAGUGAAGGCCGUGAAAAAGGAGGGGAAGGUUGUGACAGUGGCAGGCCCAAUAACACCACCAGCCUUCAUGUUUAUGCUGACUUCUAGUGGGUCUGUCUUGGAGAAACUCAAUCCUUACUUGGAGAGUGGGAAGGUGAAGGCAGUGAUUGAUCCCAAUGGCCCAUAUUCCUUUUCUAAGACCCUUCAAGCAUUUGCCUAUCUUGAAGCUAGAAGCAGAGCUAUUUGGUUGUGUACACACAGAGAUAUUCCACUAUAG